AUGGGCAAGAAAGACAAGAAGGUCCUUCCAUUGGCGCCUUAUGCCAGUGAGACAGGUGCUGAAGACGACUUCCUGCCUCCUUUCUUGCGACUCCGAAACCACUCCUCUUCGAUGAGUUCCAUCGGUUCUCUGAGUGUCUUUAGUGAUUACGACAACGAGCUGUGUGAAGUGUCAAGAACCUCUUCGUUGAGCGUUAGCCACGCUCCUUUCCAAGCUGAGAAGCCCCCAAUGUUCAGCAGUCGAUCAUCUCUCAGCUUCAAGUCUGCUAAGAAGGACUUCCUUUUGGGAACUACAACUGGAGGCCUAAAUAGAUGUCCGUUUGAUUCAGAUUCAGAAGGUUCUCCUAUGAGAAGUCUUCCCAAAGUUUCGGGUGCUUCGUGUCUGCAAGAAGGUGAAGACGAUGAAGAGGAUAACGAAGAGGAUGAAAAUUCUCCUACAAGAGCCCCAUCUAGAAUGUCUCGACUAUCUAGAGUCUCUCCAGCUGGUUCUCCCACAGGUUCUCCCACAGGUUCCCCAAAAAGGAAGAACAGAUUGAGUCUGGUACGAAACAAGGUACUGAGAACUCAAUCAAUGAUCAACUCCCCAAGUGAUUUAUACCACAAAUCAUGCAAAUCAUAUGACAACUCUUUGAUGGCUAAAUGUGGUCUUCGUACUGAGACUGGCUCGCAGGACGUUCUGCCUAGAAUCAAGAUCGACGAAUUUGUCAGAAUACUGGAUGGUCAUUACCGGGAUACGUUCGAAGACAUUGUAAUAGUUGAUUGUCGGUUUGAAUAUGAGUACAAUGGAGGACAUGUGAAUCGUGCUAUCAAUAUAAUAUCAAAGAAACAAUUAGAGGACUACUUCUUCACCUCUCCAUCCACAAAGAAAGUCUUAAUGAUAUUCCAUUGCGAGUUCAGCUCUUAUAGAGGACCAAUCAUGGCCAACCAUUUAAGACAAUGCGAUCGACUUAUAAAUCAGGACAAUUAUCCCUUUCUCAACUACCCGGACAUCGUUGUCCUAGAUGGUGGUUACAAAAGUUUCUUUCAAAACCACGCAGACCGCUGCUUCCCGAAAAGCUAUAUCACUAUGAAAGAUACUAACUUUUUACUUACUUGUGAGAAAGAAUUACAUCGCAUACGUUCCGAGGAUAAAGGAACUUUACAGAGGUGUAAAUCCACUAACAUGAUUACCAAGAAGCGACUCAAACGAACCGUUACUUCACUCAGUGGUUUUACUCCUCACGAAAACGCACAUCCUGAAUUUGAUUUUGAAUUCAAGUUUCCACUAUCCAAACAAGGAAUGCCUCCCUCAUCGUUAUCAUAA